UCUUAGGUAUUUUAUUUCGGUCGUUUCACUGGUGAUGGUGUUUUUUUUUUUUUUUUUUUUUUAAACACAUCCCUAAUGUUUAUUCCUUUAGGAUAGUGGACUAAUUUUGAAAGAAGAAACCAUCAAGUAAUGCAUUAGGAGUGUAUUUAUGGAGAUAUGUUCAAGUCUGACAUAAAAACAGACUGAUAAAAUCACAAAUGCAGUGAGUGAGUGGAAUAAUGAUGAUGAUGAUGAUGAUGAAGAUGAAGAUCUUUUCUUCCUGAGCUCUUGGAGCUGUAGCUACAGCAGGGCUGGCAGUGUGAGGUUAGGUGCUCAGCAGCGCCACUGCUCGCCCGUUGUGGCCGAUGUGAGGAACUGCAGCCGGGAGGAGGAGGAGGAGGAGACUGAGUUUGCGCGGCGCUGCUGCUGCUGCUGCUUCUGCUCCCGUACGAACUUUCAGCGUUUCUGGACGCAAACGCGGAAACACUCGCUGUGAAAUCCGGUAUUUUGGAGAAACUGUGAGGGAUGCAAACUUUAGCAUUGUAUUUUAAGGAAGCUAAGGAGGAGGAGGCGAGCGUGACUCAGAAGCGAGAUCAGGAUGUCGACAUCGGCGUCGUCUUCGCUCCACCCCGGCCAGGACGGCGCGGUGCGCUACAAGAAGCGCAAAGCCAACUUCACCUUCAGCGAAGUGCACAUCCUGCUGGAUGAAGUGCGCAAAAACCGCCACAUCGUCGUGGGUAAGUUCAAUUCAGGCAUUCCCAGUGAUGUGAAGAGGAGGAAGUGGACGGAGAUCACGCAGCGCAUUAACGAGAUCGGCGAGUGCGACCGCGAAGUCGGUGAGGUCAUUAAGAAGUGGUCCGACCUCAAAUGCGACACCAAGCGGAAAAUCGCGGCGCUGCACUCGGGCGCGGCUCUGCCCCACUCAUCAGAUCUCACGCAGACCGAAAACAUCGUGGGCUCCAUUCUGGAGCUGGACAAGAAGCCGUGGGAGGCGACGCGCUCGUCACGGGGACGCAGCAGGAGCGAGGAUCAGGACGCCGCCGUAGCAGACGAGGACGAUGACGUCGCCUUCAUGGGGCCGGGAUCGGUUCAGGAUUCUCCCAGAUCAGGAAUCGAGACGAGGCCGAUGCCACCGCCUCCUGCAGGAGCUGCCGUGGGGGGAUUCGAGAUGAAAUUCGACCCCUCGACUACCACAGACGCAGACUCUCGCGGGAUGGACUCGGAUGACGAUCACCCCGAAAUGUUCCCCUCGUCUAUGAAUAACUCGUACACGGAGGACGACGGAAAUCUCAGCAACGUCGCGCACGUCUCCUCCUCCUCCGCCAGUCACACUCAGGUGGGGGCGGAGUCAGAGAGCGCACGUGAGCAGUUAGCACAAAGCGCUAGCCUGAGCGUGCAGGAGCAGCAUGUGACGAAUGCGUUGCUGGGCACGGUGUCGCGCUCGCUCGAGCUCCUGGCCGAGUCGGUGCAGCAGCUGGCGGAGACGCAGCAGGAGUUUGCGCGCGAGUCGCUGCGGCUGCAGAGGGAGACGGUGCAGGUGCUGAGAGAGUUUGCCUCCGGGGCGCUGACGCUCCUGCACGAGAGGGUCAACGGCAAACCGCCGCUCAUUUAGACGGCAAGGAAGUUUGAACAGUGUCACUGCCAAAAACUUUCCAACAGCAUCAGGACUGUGCUCGUGCAGAUCACACUAACUGUUUAUCACUAUAUUAUAAAUCCAGGAGGAAACUCUGGUCAGUCUUAUGUGUUACUCUUGUCUGUUGAGCAGAAUUAUAGGAUUGCCUUUAAAAAAACAAAACAAAAUGCAGUGUCCUUCUGAACGAUUUUUUCCUCAGGAGCACAAACGCUAAUUAGGCAGCCUCCUUCUGAACACACGGCAGCGGUCAUGGUGAUAAUGUUGACAAUGUGUGUUAAAUUUCACGAUUAUCAGCAUGGACCUAACAGGGAAGAAACGCCGCUGUCUCUAUGUUCAACAACGAGCUGAGAUUUUUAGAGAUACAGAAACUACUCAAACAUCACUUAUUAACGUAUACGACUCUAAAGCUGCGAUUUUACGUCACUGAUUCCGGUGAAAAUAUUCCACACGCUGUUGCCUAAGACUUUCACGAGUCGAGUUUUGUGUGUGACAGUGUUAUAAUCGUUCGUAGCGGGAGUGCUGUUAUGGAUUUUAUUUGUUUUUUUUUUUAAACGCUUGUUUUCUUUUUUUUUUUUGUCUGUGAAUAUGGGUUUAAAAAAAAAAAAAGACAUACCUGGACAUCAGGUGUCACUUUUCUGCUGUCACUCCUAUUCAAAAUAUGCCUUUUAAAGUGCUGAAAGCUCGACUGAGGUAACAGAUGAUAGCUAUGGUUGCUAAGCAGUGAUGGGCGGGGCUUAGAAUCCGUUGUGAUUGCGUGAUGAUAACAAUAAAUGUCGUUUCUGUCGCGCAUUUUUCAAGAAAAACAGAUUAAAAUUGUUGCAUUCUCACAUCAUUAGUUUACGAUAUUUUCACUGCUAAAUCAUGAUUCCUCAGUCUGAGCUGCCAUGUUUUUAUACUUUGUUUUGUAACUCUCGCCUGGCGAACGGGAUUAUAGGCUUGGUUUCAGGCCCUCGUCCUGCCUGCCGACUUUGUGAGCUGCUUACGAUGGCGGCCUUGUCCCAAACGGAGCGAGGAAAAGACCGAGGACAUUCUGAAAUGUCCACGAUGCCAAUAUUGUGUGUUCAUUUUCCAGCUAUGAUCAUAAAACUGAUUUUUUGGCUCCUGUCUGUAACAGUGAAGACACGAUUAUAUUCUGGGAAUUUUGUUGUUGUUGUUGUUGUUUAUUUUUCAUCUUUUUUUUUUUACUGUAAAAAAUUGCCUCCAAUGAAAAGGUGUUUAAGAGGUUUGAGGUUCUUCUGUCAAAAAAACAGAACAGAAACGGUAUUAUUCUACUGGAUGCCAUACAUCAUGUAAAUUUGUCUAAGGGAAGUGGAAUAAAGUCUCUGCUGCUCUUUUGGGAAAA